UUUCAAUUUCACGCUUUCAGCAGCCUUGUUUUCCUUGGAUGAUUGCGAGCUGCACAAACAAUGCUCUCCGACACUCUGCUUUCCAUCUUUCUCGCUCUCAAUGUUGUCUUUUUGUUGGGCACGGCAGCAUGGUUCCGAUUUGAUCAUGCAUCAUCUCCUGGUCGCUUCCAACCUCUAUUGACAGAUUCACUGAUAGACGAAGUGAUGUGGCAGUAUUCCUUGCGAUCCAAUCUCUUGCUCUUUGGAUGCACGUUAUCCGCCUAUCUAUUGUAUAUUGGAGAAAUUGGCUUUCUACUGGCAUGCUUUGCGUGCUUUUCAGUUCUGAACAUGAUCACGGAUGCGCUGUAUGUCUACGACGAAGUUGCGCUGUUUCCCAAAGUCAAAAAAGGCCAUCAAAUUGCAGGAGUUGUCAUCUGGGUAGUGGCUGUUGCCUAUUGGAUAUCCAAAGCAAGAACCAAGAAGGAUUGAGCUUCUUUUAUGUACCGGGUCUGAACCUGUCUUUUGUGGUGGUGGUGGUGUGCUAUGCUGGUGGUGGGAGGCAAUGAUGGCUGGGGUCGCUUUUAUUACACCGCGUCAGGAUGACCUGAGUCCAGUAUACGAUCCCAUUUUUGCCCCAUUGGCAUUAACACCGCUAUGCCCUGACAUGUCACUGUUUCCUAACACGAAUUUGCUCACCUAUCAACUGUCGACUCAACAGCCAUAUCUGCCAUAAACUCAUCUAACUGGACUUAUCAAGUAGCAGU